ACGUAUCGUAUGAUUCUCAUUCUAGAAUUCUUCCUGGAAGCGAACAAUACUUGUGCUAGCAAUUGGUUAGCUAGGGCAGGACCAUUAAUAAAAACUUAGUUAGAAGCCUAAGUCAAGAAACUACGAACCCUCUACAAGAUUGUGGGGAAAAUCUUUGUGAUAAUAAUUGCAACAUCUCAAUAUCAUUUUUUCUAUGUCCAAUUAGACUUUGUCGUCGUUUCUCUUCUACUCAACCCCGUCUGUGAUUCAUUCAACCUCUUUAACCUAUAAUAAACCGAAGAUAAGAUUUGCUUCGUCAAAAAACUAUAUGGCUGGAGGAGGAUCCGGUUCGAGUCCUUCUCGCACUCUUUUAAACACUCCAACUUGGGCUCUGGCUACUGUAUGCUUCAUCUUUAUUUUCCUUGGAAUUUUCAUUGAACACUUGAUCCAUCUUCUUUGUCAUUGGCUCAAAAAGCAUAGGAAGACCGCUUUGUUCGAAGCUGUGGAGAAACUCAAAUCAGUGUUGAUGCAACUAGGAUUUUUAUCUCUAUUAUUAGCAGUAAUACAAAGGCCAAUAUCCAAAAUAUGCAUACCAAAUAGAAUAACAAACUCCAUGCUGCCUUGUAAUCGUGAUGUUCUACUCGAUUCUACAAAAACCAUCAAUUCAGAAGAUCAUUGUGGCUCCAGAGGGAUGACUUCUUUCAUGUCACAAAGUGGAAUUAAUCAGUUAAACAACUUCAUAUUUGUGCUAGCAGUCAUGCAGAUUGUGUACAGUGUUGUCACAAUGGCUUUAGGAAGAGCCAAGAUGAAACGAUGGAAAAGGUGGGAGGACGAGACGAAGACCAUAGAAUAUAUGGCAGCCAAUGAUCCUAAUCGAUUCAGAUUUACAAGAGAAACCACAUUUGGUCGACGCCACAUGAACAAAUUUACAAACACUUCUUCUCAGCUUUGGAUUAAAUGUUUCCUGCGGCAAUUCUUUCAUUCAGUAGCCAAAACUGACUAUCUUACAUUACGCCAUGGCUUCAUUACGGCACAUUUACCUUCCACCAACGCCUUGAAUUUUCAAAAGUACAUUGAACGAUCUUUAGAGGAUGAUUUCAAAGUCGUCGUUGGCAUAAGUCCUUUCAUGUGGUUAAUAGUGGUCAUCUUCUUGUUAGUUGACGUCCAUGGUUGGAACAUCUAUCUUUGGGUAUCAUUUCUCCCACUCAUAACAGUGUUGGUGAUUGGGACUAAGCUGGAGACAAUUGUGGCCCAAAUGGCUCUUCAAUUGGAAAAUCAAAAAAGUGUCAUCAUAGGAUCCCCAUUGGUGCAACCUAAUGAUAGUCUAUUUUGGUUUAAUCAACCUCAAUUUGUUUUGACCCUUCUCCACUAUACCCUUUUCAUAAAUGCAUUUGAACUGGCCUUCUUUAUUUGGGUGACGUGGCAAUUUGGAAUAAGCUCUUGUUAUCAUGAGCAUGUGGAGAUCAUUGUUGUCAGGGUAGUUUUGGCGCUGAUGGUUCAAGUACUUUGUAGUUACAUUACUUUGCCUCUCUAUGCCCUUGUUACUCAGAUGGGUUCACAUUUCAAAAGUGCAUUGUUGGAAGAACACAUAACACAAGCCAUAAAGCAUUGGCACACAGAAGUGAAGAGGAAGAAAAAGAACAAGCUGCAGGAAUUAGAGUCAUCACAUUAUUCUGUUGCUACGACACAAAUUACUUCUCCAGAAAUAAAAUUAAGUGCUAGUGCUCAUGAAAUUCAAGAGAUCUCUGAAGAAUCACCAAAAGUAAAUAUAGUCCAUCAAAAUGAAUCACAAAUAGGUGUUGAUUGAAAGAGCAAAAUUAAAAGAAAAAAAUAUAAGUUUUUUCACAAUCUAGGAAUUAAAUACUUGGGGUUGUUUGGUAAGGUGUAUACGAAAAAUGCUAAAUAGUGUGUAUUAGAAAUGCUUACAUUAUUUCUUAUGUAUUAUUUGGUUUGGUGUAUUAAAAAUAACACA